CCAACACGACGCUACUUGGACCCAAGCACAAUCUACCGAGAUCUUUGUCGCCGUACCGCACACGAAGAAGUCGAAACAAGACAUAGGCACAAGCGAGGAGCAACCCCACUCUGCACGCAAGCAAGCAACAGGGUCAAACGACUUUACACGACACCACCGAGGAUAGGAGCAGCAAUAUUCGCCCACCAUGUCUCUCACAAAUUGUCGGUUUUACGAGGAGAAGUACCCGGAGGUGGAGAGCUUCGUCAUGGUCAAUGUCAAGCAGAUUGCCGAGAUGGGUGCAUACGUAAAGCUGCUGGAAUACGACAACAUUGACGGCAUGAUUCUGCUAUCCGAACUGUCGCGACGACGUAUUCGAUCGAUCCAGAAGCUGAUCCGAGUUGGGCGCAACGAAGUCGUAGUUGUGCUGCGUGUGGACAAGGACAAGGGCUACAUUGAUUUGUCCAAGCGCCGAGUGUCGCCCGAGGAUAUCGUCAAGUGCGAGGAGCGGUACAACAAGUCCAAGAUGGUGCACAGCAUCAUGCGCCACGUUGCCGAGAAGACGCAGACGCCCAUUGAGGAGAUCUACCAGACAAUCGGCUGGCCGCUGAACAAGAAGUACGGACACUCGAUCGAUGCCUUCAAGCUCAGCAUUACCAACCCCGAGGUCUGGAACGACGUGACUUUCCCCAACGAGGUUGUCAAGGAGGAACUGCAGAGCUACAUUGGCAAGAGGCUUACACCGCAGCCCACCAAGGUCCGUUCGGAUAUCGAGGUUACGUGCUUCGGAUACGAGGGUAUCGAUGCUGUCAAGUCUGCUCUGCGAUGCGCCGAGGCCAAGAACACGCCCGAGAACCAGGUCAAGGUCAAGCUUGUGUCGCCGCCUCUCUACGUCCUGACGUCGCAAUGUCUCGACAAGAACGCAGGUAUCGCAUGCCUCGAACAGGCCAUCCUCGACAUCAAGGAGAACAUUUCGAACGCGGGCGGUGACUGCCAGGUCAAGAUGGCGCCCAAGGCGGUCACAGAGAAUGACGAUGCGGAGCUGGCUGCGCUCAUGGAGAAGCGCGAGCGUGAGAACCAGGAGGUCAGCGGUGACGAGGACGAGAGCACGAGCGACGAGGGUGGUGUUGCCGAGGCGGACUAGGCGGGCGAGAGAUGAUUUGGCACGAGCAACGAUGAUCACGGCGGGAAAACGGGCAAAAAAGUGGCAUCCGGCGUUGAGGCGUCGACGGCACAGUGGGAGCUCAGCAUAUGCAGAGACCAAGAAUGCGACAUGUAUGUAUAGCAGUCGGCCGUGGGCGGGGGCGGAACCGUAUUCCCGCUCGGCGACGGGGCGCGGAUCAGACGACGAAGACGAAUGAGAACAAGCCGCAGAUUGGCUGCAGCAACAGCAGCAGCAGUGUGUCGGAUUGAUGACUGACGACUGAUGAUGCUCGUGAUGGCGGGCGCGAGGCGCUGCUGUGGUG